GGCUUUUAUUCUAAAGACAGACAAUAACAAGUGCUUGCGAGGAUAUAAAGAAAAGAUAACCCUCGUACACUGUUAGUGGAAAUGUAAUUUAAGUACAACCACUAUGGAGAAGAGUUUGGAGGUCCUCAGAGCUAAAAAUAGAGCCACCAUAUGAUCCAGCAAUCCCACUGCUGAUUAUAUACCCAAAAGAAAGGAAAUCAGUGUAUCAGAGAGUUACCUGCACUGAUGGAUGUUGCAGCACUAUUCAAAACAGCCAAGAUUUGAAAGCAUUGCAGGUGUUCAUCAACAGAUGAGUGGCUAAAGAAAAUUAUGCGUAGACACAAUGGAGCACUAUUCAACCAUCAAAGAGCAUGAGAUUGUUACUUGCAACAACAUGGAUGGAAAUGUUAAGUGAAAUAAGCCAGACACAGAAAGACAGGCUUCUCAUAUUCUCACUUAUUUGUGGGAACUAAAAAUUAAAACAAUUUGACUCAUGAAGAUACAGAGUAGAAUUGUUAGCAGCAGCUGGUAAAAGUGGUAUGCGGAAUGAGAGGAGUAAGGUGUAAUGGUUAAUAGGUGCACACAUUUUGUUAGAAAGAAAUAACAUUUAGUAUUUGAUAGCACAACAGGGUGACAACAGUUUAUUUAAUUGUACAUUUUACAGUAACUAAAAGUGUGAUUGAAUUAUUUUUAAAAAUAAUAAAUAAAAGGAUACCUGCUUGAGGUGUGAUGGAUUCUUCAUUUACCCUGAUGUGAUUGUUACACAUUCUAGGCCUGUAUCAAAUAAUUUUAUAUACCCUAUAAAUAUAUACACCUAUGGUGUACCCCCCCAAAAAAGACCUUCAUUCAGAAUUAACACAGUGUAUAUUUACAACUGAAAUGAGGCUUCUUGUAACCAAGAAGAGACUAGUGAUGGUUCGUUGCUGUUCAAAUGGCUGCCAAGUUACCACUUUGCUAACAGUAUAAGCUGAGUUGUCAUGGUGAUAUUGCUAGUAGCCAUUUUAGUAAAGGAUGUAACAGAAAAUGAGAGUACUUUGAAAGUUGCAGAAGCUAAAGUGCUCUUAAUCACUACUGAUAUCAAUCUAAACAUUUGUUUUUGUUUGUUUGUUUUUUUUUGUGAGAAGGAGUUUUGCUCUUGUUGCCUAGGCUCAAGUGCAAUGGCGUGAUGUUGGCGCACCACAACCUUCACUUCCCGGAUUCAAGCAAUUCUCCUGACUCAUCCUCCCAAAUAGCUGGGAUUAUAGGCAUGUGCCACCACACCUGACUAAUUUUCUAAUUUUAGUAGAGAUGGGGUGUUACAUAAUAUUCAGGGGACUGGAUAGACCAAUAGGUGAAACAGGAGGAUUUCAUUAAGGUGGCCACCACCUCAGCAGAUUUGCAUCCCAAGGCUGAGCUCCUAACAAAGACAGGGCUUGACUUUUUAUACAUCCAGGAUGAUGUAGCAGCUAACAGGUUUGCAGAAGCCAGACAAAGAACAGUUAAUUUGUGGCAUGUCUUGUGAUGUACAUUACAUUUGAAAAUAGCAUUUUGAGAAACACAUUGCACAUUCUUUGGAUUUUAUCUUACCCUGUGACUCUGUUUUUCUUGCAGCUGGUCUGCAAGAAAAACAGGAGUCUUGAGAUAACUGGGAAUUUUACUGAGAAAGUGGGAAGAGUAGACAAAGUAGAUUUUACAGGGAGUUAGUUAAUUUCAAGCAGAGCUGGGGGUUAGGUUUUAUAUUGAACACAACAUAGUAAACUGUAUUAUGUAGCAAUUACAGACUACUAUUGUUAUUAUUUAAUUUCCCUCUUUAGGGAUUUCUCCAUGUUGUUUCUCCAUGGGUCAUGCUGGUCUCGAACUCCCAACCUCAGGUGAUCCACCCAUUUUGGCCUCCCAGAGUACUGGGAUUGCAGGCAUGAGCCACUGUGCCCAGCUUGUAAACUGGUUUCUUGAAGGCAGCAAAAUUUGUAAUUAUGAACACUGAGCUCCACUAUAGUGGCAGUUAAAUUGAUCUCAAGACCUGCAGCUAAUCUGGUGGGGCUCUGGCUCUAGUUACAAGGUUAGAGAAUGCACAGGGAAAUGUGCAGGUUUCCAUAGAUGUGAGCUCCAGAGGCAGUGAUGACAGAGGCCAGCCCCAGGAGGACCAAUUCUGCAUAGUGCCGUUUAUGAAUGCAGAAGCAUCAGGAACUAUGCUCUGAACAGGAGCUAUGUUCGUGAUCUUUGGAAAUUGAAAAACAUUACAACAGUGUUUAAUGCACAUUUAUCUUGUCCCUCUGCUGUUGAUUAUUUGUAAUGAUCUCUUUUUGAUGGUAAAUUGAACCAUUUAAAAAUUAAUGCCAGAUUUCUUCAAACUUUUCACCAACAGCUGUUAAUCUUGUUAGAAUAUAUUUUCCUUAAGAAACAUUACUAAUUAUGAGGGAAAGGCAAAUUAAAAAGCACAAUGUAAUACCACCUUUCUCCUGCAAGAAUGGCCAUAAUGAAAAAAUAAAAAAAUCAUACAUGUUGGUAUGGAUUUGGUAAAAAUGGAACACUUACACUGCUGAUGGGAAUGUAAACUAGUAACAACCACUAUGGGAAACAGUACUGCCAUUCAACCCAACAGUCUCACACUGGGUAUCUUCCCAAAGGAAAAGAAGUCAUGAAAAAGACACAUGCACAUGCAUGUUGAUAGCAGCACAAUUUGCAUUGUAAAAAUGUGGAACUAGCCUCAAUGCCCAUCAGUUAAUGGGUAGAUAAAGAAAAUGUGGAAUAUAUACACCAUGGAAUACUGCUGAACCAUAAAACAGAAUGAAAUAAUGGUCUUGACAGAAACUUGGAUAGAGCUGGAGGCCAUUAUUCUAAGUGAAGUAACUCAGGAAUGGAAAACCAAGUAUCAUAUGUUCUCAUUUAUAGGUGGGAGCUAAGCCAUGAGGAUCCAAGUCAUAAGAAUGAUACAGUGGCCUUUGGGACUACAGCAGGAAGGAUGCGAGGGGGGUGAUGGAUAAAAGAUUACAUAUUGGGAAUGAGUUGGAAGAGUACUUCUUGGAGCUAAUUGAUUAUAAUUUCAUCAUUCCUGGAAAGGUUUAUACCAGAUACUACUUCUAUCUUCGUGCCUUGGCACACAAGCAUGGCCUGUGUUUGCCAGUUUACCUUCUUGAGAGAGAAAGAGCAUGGAAGCUACAGGCUUUUUCAAGGAUGGAACAAGAUGAAGUCUUCUCUACUGCUGGCCAGAAAAGGUCUUUGAGUGCUGAUGAUUUGAUUCAUCUUCAGCGCUCUAAGGCCAUCCUCUCCUGAAGAAAGAAAUGAGGGGUAAUGUAACAUCUGAACCCCUCAUCAAAAAAGACAGGAAAAUACCACCUCUCCUGCUAAAGAACUAGAAAAAUUUGUAUUUUCAAAAGAAGAAACACCUCAAUUCCAGUUAACUCAAGGACAGCUAAGAUUGCACAUCCUAGUAAAGAAUGGGACCUUGUCAGGGGAACAACACAGUCUUACACUCUUGUGUCCCUUUUCAUGUAAAGUGUUAUAGAAACCACUCCAAAGUGAAGGCUCCUUCUGCCCACACAUAGAUACUAGCUUAGUGUGUGGGCUGAUAGCUGUGAACUAUGUAAGGCUUUUGUUUGUUUGAUUUGAGAUGAGUCUCACUCUGCUGCCAGGCUGGAGUGCAGUGGCACAAUCUUAGUUCACUGCAUUCUCCACCUCCUGGGUUCAAACCAUUCUCCUGCCUCAGCCUCCCUCCUUAAUUAAAUUUUUUAAGUAGCUGGGAUUUACAGGUACACCAGGCCUAUGUAAAGCUUUUAAAACAAUAGUUUAAAUUUUUUAGAUUUUAAAGGUAACUUUUCUUUUUUUUUUUUUUAAUAUUUUUUCUUUCUCCCCAAAUUGCUGCAUAUGCGUUUGAAAUCAACGCAGUAUUAGUAUUAACACAUGUCAGAGGUGUCAUGAAUAGCACAGUCUUUUCUUCCUGGAGAUCCUUCCCUGCAGGUGUCCCAGCCUGCUCACAGCAGCCAUAGAAGGGGCCUGUAUACUGAGAGAAGCUGCAGAGCCCUGGAAAGCUAGGAAUGCACAGGCAGACAUUGGUGAGAGUUGAGAUGGGAGGUUAGUUGUGAUGUCCUCUGCAAUUGUUAUUGUCCUGAGGCUGUUUCUAGAUAUUGUCAAACAAAUUCAGAUGUAGGUAGGACAUGACUUAAUUCUAAAUUAGUAUUGCAGUGGGAAAGCACCAAGCAUCAGAUCUGCUAGCAUCUCAAAAGAGGGGGAAAAGGGCUGUUUAUAUGGAGGAGCAAACAAGAUUAGAAGGAAGGUGGGAGGAAGAGUGGAGAAUGGCAAAAUCAGAUUCAGGCUUAGGGAAUGUUUCACCCACA